AUGGCCGGCCGCUGCAGCUGGGGGCUGGCCGCCGCCGUCGCCGCCGCCGCGCUCCUCGCCGCCUCCGCCACGGGCUGGCUGCCCCAGGGCGAAGACGCGGACAACGACCUGCUGCCGCACGAGCAGCGCAGCCACCGCUUCUUCCCAUUCCUCCCGGUGGUGCGCUUCGCCAACAGGCAGUGCGCGGCGGACAACGGACUGAACGGGACGUGCUUCACCCGGAGAGAAUGCAGCAACUACGGCGGUAUCGCGUCUGGGACCUGCGCCAACUCCCUAGGUUGCUGCUGCGUCAUUAUCAGGUCAUGUGGAACAUCAUCAAGAAUCAACUGUACGUAUUUCGUCAAUCCAAAUUACCCUGCAACAUAUACGGGAGGAACCAGGUGCACCAUCACCAUAAACAAGUGUAAUAGCAAUGUCUGUCAGGUUCGCUUGGAUUUCAUAGAUUUCUCUCUUGCACAGCCAGAUGCUAAUGGCAACUGUGUAGAUGAUGCUUUUACUGUGUCUGGUGCAGCAUCAAUAGUACCACGGAUAUGUGGUGAAAACACUGGACAACACAUUUAUGUUGAUUUCGAAGCUGGUAAUACUCCUCUGCAAUUAUCAGUUGAUGCCACUACCACAAAUACUUUUGGUCGAAGAUGGAAUAUCAAGGUGACUCAAAUAGAAUGUGAUUCAGUAAACAGAGCACCCACUGGUUGUCUCAUGUACUACACCAGCACAACUGGGACAGUCAAAAGCUUCAAUUAUGGAACAACGGCAAAUCCAGCAGCUGAUGUCACUCUUGCUGGCACACGAGAACUGGUUAACCUCAACUAUGGAGUAUGUGUUCAGAUGCAACCUGGCUAUUGCUGUAUUGAAUGGAGUCAGAAUCCUGCAGACCCAUACUCUUUUACUGUGUCUGGUGAUACAGGAGGAUUAGACAACACGUUACUUGGGCAGCCUGCUGCAGCAUUGAAUGAUGGAGCUUGUACAGGAGAUUUCAUUGUGAUUCCAAAUCCAAGCCAAAAUGGUGUUCCUGUUAACACGGACCGUUUCUGUGGAAAUGCACUCAUUACAACAACAACUUGUUCAAAACCAUUUGUGAUGACAGUUGUGACAGAUGCUGGUGAACAAGGCAAUGUUGCUGCUGGUAUUAAUCCAGACAACGAGAACCGAGGAUUUUGUCUAUUUUUUCGACAGAUACCAUGUACUUAAACUGAACUUUGUGUUUUUAUUCUAUUAAAGUACCUAAAA